AUGAAUUCCUCAUCUUUAAACUUCACUGUGUCAAGCAGCCUGACUUAUAGAGACUCUCCCAGCUCUGCUGUGGCUAAAAAUGUGAUCAUCGUGGCUCUUGGCAUCACCAUCAACUAUAUCAAUGGGACAUUGAUUCACACCUUCAGAAAACACCAGAUUUUUUAUUUGAAUCCUCGUUACAUCCUUUUCAUCCAUCUGGUGAUAAAUGACAUGAUCCAGUUGACUACAACAAUCAGCUUAUUUGUGUUUAGUUAUGUCUUCCAAAAAAUUAAUGCUUCCUUAUGUUGCUUCAUUGUUACCUUUGCUGUUUUCACCACUCUUAAUACUCCGUUAAAUUUAGCUCUGAUGGCGGUGGAGUGCUAUAUCGCUGUCUGUUUCCCACUGCGACAUGCUGAACUUUGCACCAUAAAACGAACAUAUUUUCUCAUUGGCUGUAUUUGGAGUUUAAGCGUAGUAUCAAUUUUGCCAGAUAUCUUUCUUAUCCUUGCAACAGAGCCUCUAAGGCUAUUUUACGCUACAAUAUUUUGUGACAGAGACAUUCUGUUCCAACAUCCUAUAAGUAUUCAAAAGAGGGAUGCUUCUUACAUAAUCUUUUUAUCUCUUGUAUGGCUCACCCUUUUCCUUACUUAUUUAAGGAUAUUUUUUGCUGCUCAAGCUGCUAGUUCAGCUGAAGGAAAGGUGAAACGAGUCAGGAAUACUGUCCUACUUCAUGGCUUUCAGCUAUUUUUGUGCAUGCUGACAUAUGUAGCUCCUAUGGCAAAAAACGCCCUGUCAUUUCUGUUCCCGAAAUAUAAUGUUCAUAUCCUUUUUGUCUGGUACAUAUUGGCCCAGAUACUGCCCAGGUUUUUGAAUCCUAUUGUGUACGGGCUGCGAGAUAAAACAUUCAAACAGUAUUUGAGAAAGUAUCUGCUGUGCACCAUCAGAACAGCCAACAAACUUUAUCCUUGA